CGCUCGUGUUGCUGUUCACUCUUCUCACUGCUCGGCCUUGCGCUGACCUCCAGGUGACCUCCUCUCCCCCAGACCACGGCGCGCAGACGGACGACAUCUUCCACGUGAGCGCCGGCCACCUCUUCCUGCUCAAGUGCCUCUUUGUGGAUGCCCACGCCACCGUGACGUGGAGCAGGGGGGGCGGGGCCAGCCUGCCCCCCGGGGUGGAGGUCAGGAACGGGCUACUGUGGUUCCUCCCUGUGCAGAUGUCUCAUGCUGGAGCCUACACCUGUGAGAAAAGGGACCACACCGGAUCCCUGUCGGUGACCUUCGGGGUGUCGGUGUCCACUGCAAAGUGCCCCGACCCGCCUGAAACCAAGUCCAUCGCCGUAGGGGUCACCGAGCUUCUGUCCUGCAAACAGAGAGAGGUCCUGGACCUGAACCUCACCAGGAGCAUCCGCUGGGUGAAGGACUGCCAGCUGACGGCGCCGGCCGGGCAGCUCGCCUCUGUGUCUGAGAGCGGCUUCAUGAGGCUGUCCGGCCCCUCACAGGAGGAUUCUGGGAAAUACACCUGCCUGGUGGACGUGAGCGUGGACGGCAGGACGUACACCGCUGCUCGCAGCAUCUGGCUGGCCGUUAACAAGGACAUCUCCACGACCCUCAUCGUGGAGCCUCGCGUGUUUUACCCUCAACAGGAAGUAGUGCUGGUGGAAGAAGGGUCGAGGGCGGAGCUUAACUGCUCCGCCUACAUCGGCUUCAGCGACGACGACGAGACGCUGAUGUUCUGGACGGUGAACAAGACGCACACCGAGGACCAGCAGGGCCUGGAGGUCUCCCUGAGCCUUCGCUCCAGGGGGGGCGCUGUGUUUGGCCGCUCCACUCUCACCAUCUCCAGCGUCCUCCAGACGUUCCUGAACGUUCCGAUCUGCUGCUGCGUCUCCAACUCAGCGGGAUUCCACUAUGGAGAGGUGUGGCUUCAAGAAGCCGACCACAGCGCCCUCUACACCACAGUGGCCGUCUACGUCUUCUCCUCCUUGGCCGUUGUGCUCCUCGGCGCCGUGCUCCUCCUCUUCCGGGUGGAGGUGGUGUUGGCCCACAGGAAGCUGCUGAGACGUUUCUCUAAGCGCGCCUCUCCGCAGCUCCCGGGGAGGCCUUCUGGCGCCUACGUCAGCUUCCUGCCGCCCGGCGCCCCGAGGGCCGCCGAGACGCUGAGCCCGGCCCUGCAGGUCCUCUCCGAGCAGCUGGAGCGGCAGCUGGAGCGGCAGCACGGCUACUCGCUGUACAUCAGAGGCCGGGACGACCGGCCCGGAGAAGGUUGGCAGCCGGGAACCUCUAGAGACCAGAUAAAGGAUCCGCGUGCAGGUUCUUCUGGUCGCACAGAGACCGGAUCGGUUCCUCUGUGAUCCACUAUUCCGUACACUGCUGAAAAUCAAACAGGCCCAUUGAGAGACAUCGUGUAACAGGAAGCAUAGAGGGCCGUGUUUCAGAAGGGAGGUGCAGCAGCUGUGUACUGAGACCCUGAGGCCCGCUGACCGGGCCCAGCCGGUUCCUCCACAGGAGUUUACUGCACGCGUGGUUCCGUUGCCGUUUGAAUCCGAUGUCUGUGCCGUGAAGAACAAGAGAGGAAGUCUAAUCUGUCUUUGACGACCGUCCUGUUCUCCGUGUGACCUCUUGGUGUAUUGUGGUUCAUUUC